AUAUUAUGUUUGGUUCAUAAUUCAGACAACUAUUGUAGUCUCGGUAUCAUCCUCGACAACCUUAAAUUAUCGAGUCGAAGGAUGUUCUCUUGUGGGAAUAGAUUUGCAGAAUUGCUUAGUUCCAAACCCUAAAACUAUUGAUUCUUGCUGUACAGUUCUUAAUCAGGCAAUUAAGGCAAUUAAUCCUGCCCCACUCGCAUACGACAAAACGAGGAGCAAUUAGUGGCUACACCAGUCGGAAUCGGAACCAAAUCUCCAAAUUUUUUUUUUCUAAAUAAUCUCAAAAAAUGCUAAAAAAACUAGUUUAAUGCUUAUCAUAACAACACUAAUUAUUCCUUAUGAAGCUGAAAAUUCGUAUAAAUUAAAUAAGCUUCAAAUGUCAUAACUUUAAUAUUUUGCAUAGAAUAAAUAAUAUAAAAAAAAUGUAUAUAUAAAUAUUUUGCAUAGAAUAAGGAAGAGAAUCCUAUCGUGAUUAACUUGUUUGAUUAUAAAUAUAUUUUCUCAAAAACAAUUAUUCGAUUAGUAGUCUAAAUAAGAUAAUAGAAUCCCGGUCUAAAUUUUAAUAAAAUAUAUAUUAUUCUCAAAUAAUAAUAUUUUAUAUAUAAAGCAUUAAUGUAUCCCCUAGGUUUUGAAACUUAAUAAAUAUUAGGGUUUUGGUUUCAAAGAAAAAAAAUACGAGAAUGGGAAAACAACGAAUGGAGAAGAAUCUACCUGAAGAAAUCAUGGAGGAGAUACUGUACAAACUCCCAGUGAAAUCCCUAUCGAGAUUCAAGUGUGUUUCGAAAUCGUUGAAUUCAUUAAUCUCCGACAAAGAUUUCAUCAAACACCACCUCAAGAAAUCGAUCACGGACGACGAAGAUUUGUCCGAUAUGACCAAUCAUAAGCUCAUCACCAGGUUCAAGCACGAUCAACCCCCCACCUUCUUCCGCCACGUGUCAUGCUCUCUUCAUAAACAACCCAUAAUCAAAUCUGAUUUCAAUGAAAAUAUGGUUUUUACGAUUAUGGGAUCGUGCAACGGACUACUACUCGUCGCCGCCGGGGCAAAUUUACCGUAUUUAUGGAAUCCUACAACUAAAAAAUACAAGAAAAUCGAUCUACCUUUAGGGUUUUACGAAGAGGAGGUUCAAUUAGGUCAUGAUGAUCAAGUGAAUAUAUUUAGUCCUCCCCGUAGGUACGAUUAUGUGUAUGGGUUGGGAUACGACGAGUCGAACGAUGACUACAAAAUUGUCUGCAAUAAAGUCUCGCCGUGGAACCGAAACCCUAAUCUGUCACGGAUGAAUCAUACGCUGAUGUAUAGUUCCAAGACCAAUUCUUGGAAGAAAAUCGAGAAUUCCCCAAAGAGUUUGUGUUUGCCGGGCAAGUUUGUGGCCGGGAGGUUGCACUGGCUUUGUAGCAUGGAUGGGUUCGACAUUAUAUGCCUUAAUUUGACCGAGGAGAAAUACGAAAUUGUGGGGGGCCCACAGAGCUUUACGAAUAAUGCCGAAUUCAAAGUAGUAAAGUUGGAGGAAUUGGGAGGGUAUCUUAGUUUGACGUAUAUGAACGGUCGAGCGGACGUAGAUGUUUGGGUAAUGACGGAGUAUGGUAAGAGAGAAUCUUGGAGUAAGGUUUGGACAUUGUCGAAUUUUGUUAGUGCUCCGGCGGAUCGUGUUAAUGGACGUCCGAUACCCUUCUUAUGGAGGAAGAAUGGAGAUAUUGCGGUGGCUUUUGGAUCGGAAAUAGUUGUUUAUAACGGCAAAAAUGUGGUGAGUAGGUCUCCACUUGAUAUACAGCUUGUUGCUAAAGUUAGGUGCUAUGUCUAUGUUGAAAGCUUGGUUUCUCCAUUUGGUAGUGGUGGUAUAUGAUGAACAAUCAUCUCUAGUUUAGAUUAUUUGAUAGAAUUUUUUAUUUUUAUUUUUUAUUUUUCUAUUUUUUUUGUUCGAAUUUUGGAGACUUUU